AUGGCGGGACCUUUCAAUCACCUCACCUUUCACUUCCCUCCGUUCUCGUUCCAUCGCCUUCUCUGUAUCUUUCUUGUCAUACUUAUCUUGAUCACCGCCAUCUUGAACUACUCAGGCUUUCCGUCAAAAAUUAUUGUGAACUCUCGAGAGGACCCUGAAAGUGCGUUUAACAGAGAUCCGAAUACAUAUUCCGAAGAGCUUCUGGAAAUCUACCACUCGUCGGAGGUUUUCCGUCUCAAUUACGCGGAAAUGGAAAAGAAUUUCAAGGUUUAUAUAUAUCCAGAAGGAGAUCCCAAUACGUAUUACCAAACGCCAAGAAAGCUUAGUGGGAAGUACGCGAGCGAAGGGUAUUUCUUUCAGAAUAUUCGAGAUAGCCGGUUUCGGACCGACGAUCCUGAUCGCGCUCAUUUGUUCUUUGUACCGAUUUCUUGCCACAAGAUGCGAGGAAAGGGAGUAUCCCAUGAGAAUAUGGCUAUUAUUGUUCAGAACUACGUCCAGAACUUAACCUCCAAAUACCCUUACUGGAAUAGAACCUUGGGUGCUGAUCAUUUUUUUGUUACUUGCCAUGAUGUUGGUGUGAGGGCAACUAAAGGACAUAAACUUCUGGAAAAGAAUUCAAUUCGAGUUGUGUGUUCAGCAAGUUAUGAUGGUGGGUUCGUCCCACACAAGGAUGUUGCUCUUCCUCAUGUAAUGCAGCCAUUUACUCUACGAGCUGGAGGAAAUGACAAAGAGAACCGGAGAACACUUGGUUUCUGGGCAGGUCUUCGCAAUUCAAAAGUAAGAGAGACACUAGUUGAUUUAUGGAAGAAUGAAACAGAACUUCGUAUCAAUAGCAACAUAGUAAAUGGAACAGCUGGACAGUUGGUAUAUAAGAAGAUUUUUUAUACCUCUAAGUUCUGCAUAUGUCCAGGUGGUUUCAAGGUCAAUAGUGUUCGUUUAGCAGACUCUAUCCAUUAUGGAUGCGUUCCUGUAAUCUUGUCAAAUUAUUACGACUUGCCUUUCAAUGACAUCAUUGACUGGCGGAAAUUUUCUGUGGUACUAAAUGAGCGUGAUGUUUACCAGCUUAAGGACAUUCUGAAAGGCAUACCAGAUUCAGAAUUCAUUGCAUUGCACAACAACUUAGUCAAGGUUCAGAAGCAUUUCCAGUGGAAUAACCCGCCAGUCAAAUAUGAUGCAUUCCAUAUGGUCAUGUACAGUCUCUGGUUGCGCCAUCAUGUCAUCAGAUACUGAAUUACCAUGCAGUGUUCCUAAACCAUUAUGUACAUGUCCAAGUUUCUACACCAGAGGCCAAUCAUGGGGCCGGACACACAAUAUUUUCUCAAUUUGAUUCGGUAUCUGAACUAUAAACAUACUAUCUGAUUCACUUUGUCCCCUUAAAUUUCUUUCUCAAAUUGACCCUGUUUGUUUGAGCAUAAGGAGCAUAUUCCGACUGUACUUUGGUUCCUUUUUUUCACUGCUAGAGUUUUUGUAUGCUUCUCGGAAAAGGAGAUUCAUCUUCCAUAAAUAGCAGAGAAAGUUUAUAGAUAGGUUUGAGAUCUUAUAGGAUAAAGAAUUAUUUCAUAGAUGUCCCCAUUUCUUGUUUCAGCAUAGGGUGUCAGUCUCAUUGACCAUGCUUUUGCUGGAAAUGUGCAUAUGUGUGCUCUUGAUUGGAUGUAAAAUGGUUUCAGUUUGCAACUUAGCAGAAAUAUAUUUUUUAGCACAUUACAGUGCGAUAUGUGCUUCUUAAUAAAGAUGUAAAAUGCAUUUGCUUUGUACCUUUGAUUAUCUUAGCUGGCAAGUGACAAUG